AUAUAAUAUUCUGAUGCACAUUUGUAUCGAUUAAAUCGGACACUUGGCCAACAUAAUAUAUUUUUACACUUUCCAAUCAAUUCUAUAAUCACCCCUUUUAUUUACACACUCACACACACGCGCACACAACAUAUAUACUAUCACAUACAUACAACAUAAGUAGGGUUAGGUUAGGUUUUUCGGUCCCCAUGUUGCGAUGCCACAAAAAAAAAAGGUUAGGUUACAUCACACGUAUAACAACCAAACAUAUUUACUAUUAUACAGUUAUCACAUUGAUAUUAUAAUUAUUUACGAAUAAGCGCCUCGUUAAAGCAUACGUUAUACAUAGGACUGUAUCACACACACUCACUACAAUUUACAUAGUAUUUUAUUCUUAUAUAUCAAUAAAACACAUCGUUAGCAUACCAAAAAUCACGUAUUCGUACAAUUAUACAAAUACAUAUAAAUCAGGGGCGUACCCUUGGGGGUGAGGGGGGGUCGGAUCUUUAAGGUCAAUCGUUGUAAUGGUUUCCCCAAGAUUAAAAGUAUUGGUAGUAGCAGUCCGUUGCUUUUAUCCAGAGGUUUUUUGGAAAGUUGACACGAUGUGUAUGUUUUUAUAAAUGAAUAAGUAUUUUGUAUGUAUAAUGGUUGGCCAAUAAUAUUUUUCUUUUAAUUUUAAUAACGUUUUUGUAAUACCUAAGUGUGCUGAAAAAACGGAUUAGUGAGAGGACUUCAAAAUAGUAUUUACCAAAUUAGUUGGAAUAACUAAUAAAUACUUUAUGCCAUAUGGUGAUCAAUUUUUUAAGUAUAGUAGUUUGUCCUUAAUAAUAUAUUUUCUUGAUUUUUUAUAGUAUUUAUUUUUUGUAUUAUCUGAUAAAGAUGAAAUUAUAUUUUUACAAUAUUUGUCUUUUGACUGUAAAGUUCUCACUGACAAAGAAACUACUAACAAAACCGAUUUCGACACGAUACAACCUGAUACAGUGAAAACUUUACAGUCAAAAGACAAAUAUUGUAAAAAUUGUAGUAUACCCGUAUUUCAGUAUACACGGUAUAACCAACUAGGUACGUCUUACCCUCGAUCCUCUAGUUAAUGACACUCUCUAAAAUAAAUAAGAAUGGCACUGUUAACUUGUGAGGUACGAUGGUUUUGCCGUAAAUCAACUACGCCUUACCUCCGUACUCUUUAGUUAAUGACACUCUCUAAAAUAAAUUAGAAUGGCACUGUUAACUAGUAAGGUACGAUGGCGUGCGCUUGUCGAUUCUACGCUCCUUUAUGGUGGAAAAAGCUCGAAGAUUACAUAUACCCGUGGUACGUAUAUCCCGGCACUGUUUCCUAUAUAAAGGUAAGAACGCAAAGACGACUUAAAUGAUAUUCAACUCGUGUUGUUCUGGUCGGGAACACUUUUUAUUAACUUUAAACAAACACAAAAUAAAAACAAUCAAAAAUACUAUAUCACUCAGCCCGUACUACAAUCGUUGCUUCACACGCACGAUCGUUGUACCUACGCUCUCGCCAACUCACUCAGCGACAGCGGGACUCCCCGUGCCUGUGCGUACGGCGGUCUUAUAUAAAAAUUUUCUUGUUGCCUCAGUACAUUUAGCUUCACUGGCCUCUCCCGUGUUAAUAAUUUUAUUUUGUAUUUUUAUUGUAUUAUUCUUUUAUACGUAUUAAAUAAUAAUUUUUGGGCGACUGUCUACAAUAUACAACAAAAUAUAAUUUCAUCUUUAUCAGAAGAUACAAAAAUAAACACUAUAAAAAAUCAAGAAAAUGUAUUAUUAAGGACAAACUACUAUACUUAAAAAAUUGAUCACCAUAUGGUAUAAAAUAUUUAUUAGUUAUUCCAACUAAUUUGGUAAAUACUAUUUUGAAGUCCUCUCACUAAUCCGUUUUUUCAGCACACUUAGGUAUUACAAAAACGUUAUUAAAAUUAAAAGAAAAAUAUUAUUGGCCAACCAUUAUACAUACAAAAUACUUAUUCAUUUAUAAAAACAUGCACAUCGUGUCAACUUUCCAAAAACCCUCUGGGUAAAAGCAACGGACUGCUACUACCAAUACCUUUAAUCUUGGGGAAACCAUUACAACGAUUGACCUUAAAGAUCCGACCCCCCCUCACCCCCAAGGGUACGCCCCUGAUUUAUAUGUAUUUGUAUAAUUGUAUGAAUACGUGAUUUUUGGUAUGCUAACGAUGUGUUUUAUUGAUAUAUAAGAAUAAAAUACUAUGUAAAUUGUAGUGAGUGUGUGUGAUACAGUCCUUUGUAUAACGUAUGCUUUAACGAGGCGCUUAUUCGUAAAUAAUUAUAAUACCAAUGUGAUAACUGUAUAAUAGUAAAUAUGUUUGAUUGUUAUACGUGUGAUGUAACCUAACCUUUUUUUUUGUGGCAUCGCAACAUGGGGACCGAAAAACCUAACCUAACCCUACUUAUGUUGUAUGUAUGUGAUAGUAUAUAUGUUGUGUGCGGGUGUGAGUGUUUAAAUAAAAGGGGUGAUAAUAGAAUUGAUUGGACUGGGUAAAAAUAUAUGUCGGCCAAGUGUCUGAUUUAGUCGAUACAAAUGUGCAUCAGAAUAUUAUGUAUAUUAUUUCUCUUCAAAGGCGGGUGUAAUGGUGAGGUUAAUGUAUUUUAUGGUGAAGGGGUAAAAUAUAUAUCGGUCACGUGUGGGGUCUGACGUCGGUUGUGAUUCAGUUAGGUUAGCAUGUGUUGGUCGGCGGAGCCCUAUCCUCACCCACACGUGGUGCCGACUGGAAACGGAACUCCGGUUCCGGCCAACGGGGGAGGCAUAGAAGGCAAACUGUACAAACCGAACACCGGUGGGUCAACAACAGCGACCAGAGAGGGCCAUCAUAUCCCUUCAUCACCGACAUCAGGCCAAAGGCUCGGCUCAGAGACGAUCCGCCACAUCCAGCCAUGGGUGGAAGCACAGUGACGAAGGAAAUGAACGGAUAAUAAAAAGUUUUCAAGAAGACACAUAAUAAGCAGAACGACAGUUUACCUAACACAAUAUUACGACGAUGGCAUACUACGGGCCGACAGCGUGUUGUGUGACUGUUGCUAGAAUCGUAUGUCGAGCGCGUUUUCAUGCGAUUAUCAUCGUCUUCUGCUCUUCUUGUCCUGCCAUCGUUUGUGCUACGAUGUCAGAGUUUGGAACGGAUAUAACAUGUAUACAACAAUGCGUUGUUAUGAACGAGCCUAGGCUAAUGAUGGGCCAUUUGGUGCACGGAAUGCCUCGUGACUGUCGGUGGGCGUCGAUGGGAGCGACUGGUCAUCGGGGCACGAUUGUACAUUGAGUACCCGACUGCGCGGCGCGGAGAAUACAGCAAAAAUACGUGAGGCUUUUGAUCGGAGAGACGUCAGACCAUAUCCUUCUCAAGUUUCCAUGAUGGAUAAGGUUAUUCGUGGUUGUCAAAAACAGCAAAAUUGCCUCUUGGAAAGUCCUACAGGAUCUGGAAAAACAUUGGCUUUAUUGUGUUCAGCGUUAGCAUGGCAGAGAGCAGAAAAAGAACGUUUAGAAAAACUGUCAGAAGAAGAAUUUCAACAGAAAUUAGUAGAAUGGCAACAGAAGGAGCAACUAAAAAAACAACAAAAGGAAAAGAAACAGAAAAAACCAAAUACUCCAGAAAAGAAACCUGCAGAAACGCAUAUUUCACCCGCUAAAAAUAAAGGAUUAUGUUUGUCAACGGACGUCACUAUCAGCGAUGAUUCGGAAGAGGAAAUGGCCAUAUUUAAACAACCCGUCAAAAAGAGAAAAAUAAAUAACAGCAAAAAUUUAGACGUGUCCGAUGGCAAUAGUAAGUCGAACGAUGAUUCGAUAAUGACCAAUGAUUCCAGCGCUAACAAUAGUUUGAUGACAGAAGACGAAGAUGAAAAUAUUGAACCAAAAACAGAAAAUAAUUUACCAAAAAAGUCUAAACCAAUAAUCCCUGUGAUAUACUUCUGCACAAGAACCCAUAAACAAAUUGAACAAGUUAUCAAAGAAUUACAAAGAACUAGUUUCAAUAACACCAGGAGUUGCGUGUUAGCGAGUCGUGAACACACAUGUAUUCAAGACUCUAAUAUAUACUACCCCCAGAUAUCAUACAAAUCAAAGACUGAACUAUGUAGAGAUUUAUUAGAUCCAAGAGCGAGACGGAGAAAUUCAAUAAAAUUAAGGAGGACAAUUGAUAGAUGUAGUUAUUAUGAUAACGGUGGUUUAAAAAUUAGUACUUAUGGCCAACUAGCUAAGUUCGGAGUACAAUCUGUUUGGGAUAUUGAAGAUAUAGUGCGUUUGGGAAUUUCUAAACAUUCUUGUCCAUAUUACGGUACACGAUUGUUACUCAAAACUGCCGAAAUCGUCUUUUGUCCUUACAAUUAUAUCAUCGAUCCAGUAAUCAGAAGUUCAAUGAACUUGAAACUUAGAGGCCACGUGAUAAUUGUAGAUGAAGCUCAUAAUAUUGAAGACCAAUGCCGUGAAGCUGCAAGUUUGCAAUUGGACCAGACGAAUAUGAAUUUGGCCAAAGCGGACCUUGAAAAAAUAUAUAAAUCUAGUGGCAACUCGGUGACUUAUGGGAGAUUGGCUCGAUAUUUGUCCGAUAUGUCAAAGUGGAUUGAUCAAAAGUCUGAUGAAAUCAAAAUAUACGACGAAUAUAAUCGUGGAGUUUUAUCAUGGUCUGGCACAUACACUAUAGCUAGUUUCGAUGAAUUUGGUGUCGGAUUGACAGCCUUCGAAGUAUUUAAAAAAGAUUGUGAAACAGCGCUGGCUGAUUUAGCUGAAGAAAGUGAAUCCGAUGAAACGAAAAAUAGUAAAAAAGAAAAUGUAGAAAAUGAAUUAGAAGUUAAAGACGAAAAUGAUACAAUAGAAAACAAUCCGUCCAAAGAUCAAAAUACCGAUUUGGCUAUUACGAAUGCAACUAAAACUUUAUUGUCGUCGAUUUGUUCAGUGUUCAGUUUAUUUUAUGAUGAAAAGUACAAAUUUGAUUACCAUGUUUCCUUAGCGAAGGUCAUGCAUUUAAAAAAAUUUGAACACAAAGAACGAGGAAUCACGAAUAAGAGCAUAGCCGGGUGGAUAAACGCCGGUGCGGCGGAGGCCAAUGACACGCGACCAGUGUGGAACAACGUGGUCAGCUUUCUGUGCCUGAACCCUGCAGCCGUAUUCGACGAACUUAAAUCAUCGGUGCGCAACAUCAUUCUCACGUCGGGCACCCUGUCGCCAAUGCAGUCUUUCCAGUCCGAGCUCGGUACGCAGUUCCCGAUCGCCCUGGAGGCAGCCCAUGUCAUCAAGCAAGACCAGUGUUGGGUGACGUCGGUGGGCGUCGGACCGUGCGGGACGGACUUAAACGGUCAGUUCCAGAACAUUAACACGUUCAAUUACCAGGACGAAAUGGGCAAAUUGCUGAUGGACGUGUGCACCGUGGUACCGCAUGGCGUGUUGUGCUUCUUGCCGUCUUACACGCUCAUGGAGAAGCUGUACAGCCGGUGGCAGCUCACCGGACUCCUGAAAAGCCUCAGCCAGAUCAAAGUGGUCAUGUGCGAGCCCCGUCGGGGUGACCAGCUAGAGGAGUUGAUGACCAAAUAUUACGCUGCCGUCCGGGGGGAUGAGGGUGGCCCGCGUGGAGCGCUUUUCUUGGCCGUAUACCGCGGGAAAAUCAGCGAGGGUCUUGAUUUCUCAGACAACAACGCCCGAGCGGUGGUGGCCGUUGGCAUUCCAUUUCCGAAUUUCAAGGAAGAAUCCGUGGUGCAUAAAAAAGAUUACAACAACAAGCACCACAAGAGCAAAGGGCUGUUGCCCGGCUGGGAAUGGUAUCAGAUACAGGCCUACAGAGCGUUGAACCAGGCACUCGGCCGGUGCAUCAGACACAAGAACGAUUGGGGUGCUAUCCUGUUAGUGGACAGCCGGUAUGAACAGCCCAAGAACCAGACCGGGCUGUCGAAGUGGAUAAGAGGAAGGGUCGAAAAAAACAAUUCGUGGACAACAAUCGUCGCCAAACUCAAGAACUUUGUUGAGACAAGACAGCUACACGACUCUACUGUAGCAGCUCUCUAACUUGAUACCAAGUUAUUAUUUUUGUACAUUCUAAUUGGACUACAACACUACAUUUAACUCAUUAUUCCUGUACUUAGUAAUAGUUUUCUUAUUGGUGGUUAUCAUCAGUAAAUAAAAUAA